AAAGCACUACGAAUGUCAAUAGGAGUUCUAUUUCACUAAUCAAACGCAACGGAAAGCCCUCCAGACGAGGAAUCCUUCGGUGUGCGAGUUCCAUUGCAAGUAGUGCGUCGUGAUAUUUCAGUCAUAUGACUGCACGGAUAUUUUUCUAACCCUCGGCGCCUGUGAGACACACGUUUAUCUUUAUUUAUUUUUUGUCUCUGGAGUUCGGGAUCCAGCCCGUGGCAGAGAUUUGUAGACCGGGGGCGGCUGUAAAGUGCCGGCGGAGAUCAAACGCAUCCUGACGCGGAAGGAUACAUCCGCAGCCGUGCGUGCUAAGAGGCGGGUUGCAGCGGCGCGGAGGCUCACAGCGGAGAGCGCGCGACCGCAUUUGGGACUGGGAUCGGCAGCUCGUUCAUACUGCGCUUAGGGGACCCGGUGUCCGAGUGCGGUACCGGCUGACAGCUCUCCUCGUUUCUGCUGGAUCCGAGAAGGACUUUCGCCUCAGCCUAUUUCCUUUGCUCUUUGCGGAUUUUUUUGGGAUCUCAUAUUCCCCCCCAGUGGUGAACAUUCAUUACUAGCCUUGUGUGGAACUGGACGUACUGGAUUCAUUCACCACGGUUUUACUGUAACUAGUACAUUGGUUGGAUAAUAGAGGUAUUCACGGCACUGGAUAGAGCGGCAUAAGUGCAGGAUACUGGACUUUGGGGAGCACGCCGGGGAAAUCUGCUUUUUUGAAACCUUGUGCUGAUUAAUAUGUUGAGAUCCAAGUUUGGUUCCUUCUCUCAUAUUUGCAGUACGACCGGCAUGGACCACAUGCCGGUGAAAAUACAGCUCCAGCCAGUGAAAGCGGAGAAGGAGCCUUUCGAGAAGGUUUACCAGGUUGGUUCCUUGCUGGGGAGCGGGGGUUUCGGGACGGUGUACGCCGGGAGUCGGAUCGCCGACGGCUUGUCGGUCGCAGUUAAGCAUGUGGCCAGGGGGAGAGUAACGGAAUGGGGCUCCAUUAACGGCGUUAUGGUGCCUUUGGAGAUCCUGCUGCUGAAGAAGGUCAGCUCCCCGUUUCGGGGGGUCAUUAAGCUGCUGGACUGGUACGAGCGGCCGGACGGCUGGCUCAUCGUCAUGGAGCGGCCGGAGCCCGUAAAGGACCUGUUCGACUUCAUCACUGAGAAGGGCGCUUUGGACGAGGAAACGGCCCGUGGGUUCUUCGGCCAGGUGCUGGAGGCGGUGCGCCACUGCUACGGCUGCGGGGUGGUGCACCGCGACAUCAAGGACGAGAACCUGCUGGUGGACCUGCGCAGCGGGGACAUCAAGCUCAUCGACUUCGGAUCAGGGGCGAUCCUCAAGGACACCGUGUACACAGAUUACGACGGUACAAGGGUAUACAGUCCGCCAGAAUGGAUCCGCUACCAUAGAUACCAUGGCCGCUCGGCGACGGUGUGGUCCUUAGGCGUGCUCCUGUACGACAUGGUGUGUGGAGACAUCCCGUUCGAGCACGACGAGGAGAUCCUGCGGGGACACUUGUUCUUCAGGAGACGCAUCUCUGCUGAGUGCCGGCAGCUGAUUGAGCGGUGCCUCUCGCAGCGGCCGUCGGAGCGGCCCACGUUGGAGCAGAUCCUGGACCAUCCGUGGAUGCGCACCUCGCAGGCUCCUGAGAGCCCCGAAUGCGCCAUCACGCUGCACAGCAUCGAGGCCGACGCCUCCAGCACCAGCUCCAGCAAGGAGAGCCUUUGAGGGCCCGGGGGGCUUCCUCUUCCUUUGGACAUUUUUAUUUUUAUAUCUUACUGUUCCUCAUUGGGAACACCUAUUGAUUAGGUGCUCUGACCAGCAUUUACGUUUGAAACUUAAGGGUUUAUUAUUAUUAUUACUAUUUUAUUAUUUUAUUGUCUAAAUGUACAAUUUAUUGACCCUCAUUCAGACACGCUGGCUGCUCUCAUAGAGCCUGGACUGAUUUUAAUGUCUUCAUUUUGAGUGCCUUUUUUUAUAGACUACUUUCGUGGAGGUUUCUCUUUUUAUUGCCGUGUGUGUCUAAUGCCAGGCGUGACGUCCAUGAUGGAUACUUGAAUACCCACUUGCUCUCGCUGUGGCCCCCCCCCAUACUUUACUCGCCCCGUCAUCCUGAGCAGGUGUUUGGGAUUGGGUUCCUGUGUUAGUUGUGCUUCUUUCAUGAUUUUUUUGCUGAGGGCUCCAUGCUGCCCUCUGGUGGUGGUGGUGGCUGCAUUUCCCUUUUUAAGACGCACCCCUCCCCCAUUUCACUGCAGAUCCCAUGUGUCCCUUGCCUGGGUCCCACCGGGACCUUGGCUUUUAUAAUGCACAAUCAAUGCAAUGUCUGUCUGUAUUUAAAGAUGUUUUUCCCCUAUAUUUAUAUGUAUUAGAUAUUCCAUACAUGGUAUUUAUUUAUUUAUUUAGUUUCAUCUUAAAAUCCCCUGGCAUGUCUUCAUUGUGUCUGUUCAUUCCUCAUAUAAUGCUGUGUGUGCGUGCGAUUGUGUUUUACAAGGACCUUUAUUUCAUAACAAUAACUUUGCUGAUGCACUGACAGGAGAUGUCUGAAAAAAAAAUUGAGAGAGAGAGAGAUGAAUGUGUUCCCGCCCCUUUCCUGUGAUGUUUCUUCAAAUGUAAUGUUUUGGUCUAAAUUUGAAUGGGUGUGACCUCCAUUCAUGGACUCUUACACAGCGAGGUUUGUUUGGAUGGAGGGAGCAUUAAUCGCGUUCAAUACAACCUGGUCCCCCUCCCAGUGUAGGAGUGUGAAAUGUGACAAAAGGAGGAGAACUUAUUUUUAUACAAACGUUUCAAUAAAAGCUUUUUUCAUGUUA